GCAGAUCUGAACCGGUUUGGCGCGUUGUUUGAGCUCAGUUCCGGGUUUAACACACAGUUUAUAUUAAUAUUUUAAAUUGUCUGAUUAUAUUUGAUUUAAGAGAGGAGAUGGUGGAAGGACCGGGCUGCACACUGAACGGAGAGAAAAUCCGCUCCAGAGUGAAGAAAGGACAAAAAGUGCUGCAAAUUAGAGGAAAAACGAACCAUGGUGGUGGUGCUCAGGGAGACUUGUUCCAGUGUUUCGGAGGUUGUGAGUACACCGGAGUGCAGACGCUCGGGAAAGAACUCUUCAUGUACUUUGGAGAACGAGUGUUAAGGCUGCAUUUCGGGAUGGACGGCUCAAUGCGUAUAAACACAGAGGAGAGAAAAGACAGCAGAGGAAAUCCACCGACGCUCAUCGUCUCUCUCACUGACGACACACUGACUUUCUACAACACCACUGCUGAAAUCCGACUCUCGGAGGACUGCAGUGAGAGAGUGCGUCUCAUGGCGAGUCUGGACGUCUGUUCUCCGAGCUUCAGUGUGUGUGGUGCGGUGGAUGCGGUGUGUAGAGAGAAUAGCCGCAGUGUGUGUGACGUUCUGCUGGAUCAGUCGGUUCUACCUGGAGUCGGGAACAUCAUCAAGAAUGAAGCGCUUUUCCUCAGUGCUCUUAAUCCUGCAGUUAAGGUGAAUCAGCUGAAGGCUGAACUCGUCCAGCAUCUGGUGAAAAUGACAAGGGAUUUUGCGCUGCUCUUUUACCAGUGCCGUAAAAGCGGCUCGGUGCUUUAUAAGCACUGUAAGGUGUACAAGCGCUCCAGCUGUGGUCAGUGCAGUGGUGCGGUCACUGUGUGUCGCUUGGGGAACGAUAACAGGAUGACUUACUUCUGCUCACGCUGCCAGACUGAAGAUCCGACUGAAAUCGACAUCAGUAAACUCCCAGGUCCGAACACUUUAAUGAGAUGGACGAGUCAGAAAUCUGUGCAGGACGUCAACCAUGUCACCACAAAAGAGGAAGAAGAGUGGUCAUGUGACCUUUGCACUUUGGUUAACCAACCAAUCGUCAAGUUCUGUGAAGCGUGUAUGAGCCCUCGACCACUGGGUCGUAUAGAGGCAGUAAAGGAUCCUCCCUUUACUGCACUUAUCCGCUUCCCUCACAACACUUUCUCCAAACCGCAGCAGGAAGUGAAGCUCCACCGCAGAGCUGCGUUUGGGAACACCACCCUCGUCCUGUCUGACCUUGGCUCCGGACUUGCGACACCUCCGAGUCACACCACCAACCGCCGGAGUGGUGUAGGGCUGGGGAGUGACUCCAGCACUGCUGGGAUUGGGACACAACCCACAGGAGCUCAUAUCUCCAAACGAGCCUCCUGUGGAUUUCCCAGCAUUCCCAGCAAGAGGAGGAAGACGGAGAGUGAACACCUGAAAGGAAGAGAGGUUCAGAAUAAAACCCAGCACACGUCAACCAGUGGCACUACAUCACUACCCACAAUCCCUUGCUGCACCACUCACCGCCGUCCCAGCGUCCUCAGGGUGGUCACUAAAGAGGGAGAGAAUAAAGGCAGGCACUUCUACACUUGCGCCCUUCCCCGAGGCUCCCAGUGUAAUUUCUUUGAGUGGGCUGAUCUGCACUUCCCCGCGUGUCAUCAUGGUAAACGCACCCUGAUGAGAACCGUCCUGAAACUGGGGGCGAAUAACGGGCGACGUUUUUACGUUUGUCCACUGAAACAAGGGAAACAAUGCGACUUCUUCCAGUGGGUGGAGAAAAGCCCGUGAACCAAUCAGCUGCUCACACGUCACAUAUCGCCACAUGCAGUUACUGUGGAUUUGUUUUUUUUUUUUUUUUUAUAAACAUUUCAUUUAAAUAUGCAAACAUGUUUAAAAACUUGUUUCUUUUGUAAAAUGUAGCUUUCCUUCCAAUGAAUCAAAUUUAGAUAAAAAAAUUAAACACUUAUUUUCACUACAUUUAAUUAAAAAUGCUUUUUCAGAACGCAAAUUUGUACACAGUUUUCAUUUUAUCCUAAUUUGAGUUUUUACAUUUCCU